AUGCAUUCAAAAAAACAAAAACCACCACCAACACACUCUGUGAUUAUCAGAGACCACUCAUCAUCGAAAGCAAUGUCAUCUUCUCAUUUUGGCAUGGAUCCAUCCUUGUAUCCUAAUCUUUCAGAACCUCAACAACAACCACCCUAUCCGAACAUUCCUCCACCUCCCAUCAAUAAUGUCAAUCCAUUUUCAAUAUCCAGUGCUUCCAAUGCACCACCACCUCCUCCUCCUCAACAAUAUGUUCAAACUCCUCCUCCAUUUCAUUCUGUCAACAUUUCGAAUCAUGCUUCAAGACAACAAGAACCACAAGGAAUUAAUGCUGAAAAUCCAAUUCCGAUUCAUUAUCAAUCCAUGGAAGAACCCAAAGCUCCUUCCUUAAAGUCUUCUCAAGAGUUUCCAUCUCAUGCUCAUGAAGGAGCAUCUCAUCCUCAACAUCCAACGCAUCCUCAACAACAACAAACUCUUCACUCCUCUCAACAACCUAUUCAACCUCAAGAACAAGGUUAUCAUGCCAUUUAUGUGCAUGAUUUAAGAGUCACACCCAAUGACUAUGUGGAAAGUUCAGAAUCAGCGGAAGCUAGCACAUCGUUCUCUCUUGCCUUGUGUUUGGCAUUGUUAUUUGGAUGUGUCGGAUGUUUCCCAUUGACAUGUAUUCCAUUCUGGUUUACCUAUGCCACGUAUCGAGAUUCGGCGAGUCCUCAAGCUCGAUCGUUGGCCGCUUUAUCGAAGAGUUUGUUUUGGGUGUUGGUCUUGUUAAAUACGUGUUUGUUUUGUGUGACUUUGUUUGUGGUUGUGAUUGUUCCACCGGUGGUUGUCGUGCCGAGAUAUUAUCACAUGUACUAG